GUUUCAUUCACUAGAGCAGUGAUUUACCAGAAAGAAAAUGUAUAAUAUUUUAAAUCGGAUAUCAAACCUCCUCCUUGAUACCUGAUAAGACAAGAACCGACACUCACAAAACAUAAGGACAAGCAGUACACCUAGCGUAACCGGAAACAGCAGAAAUUUCCACAAUCAUGAUAAGAUUCCAACAAAAAAAGGCCAGAACGAAUAAAACCCGAGCACCUGGCAACAACGCAGCCCAGUUAAUUUCCACCACAUCACGUGACGGAAACGUCAUCUCUAUCCAAUCAGUAAACGACAGACAACCCACGAAAUGUUAUGGAGUUUAUAAAAUAAUGUGACAUACCAAUUUAAAUAGAAUUAAUUAGAAAAGACGGUGCCGAGUCUGAUAAACAAUAUAUAUAGAGUGUGAAGUUUAUUUCUAAUCCGACCGUAAGCCGCAAUAAUUACAAUGGAAACAUUGCCAGUUACAUUGAUAGUGAAAGCCCCAAAUCAACAAAUCGAAGAUCAGAGGAUACAGUGCGAAUUAUCAUGGACAAUCCACAAAUUGAAGCAACAUUUAUCAGAAGUAUACCCUAGCAAACCACCAAAACAUGAACAGAAACUCAUCUAUUCAGGCCAGCUACUGAGUGAUUCAUCAACACUAAAGGAUAUUCUGAGACAGUAUGAGGGUCAGGAAGUACACACAGUACAUCUAGUAUGUACUACAAAGUAUACUAAACCUCAAGAAAAACUACCAGUUAAUAAUAUCAGCACUAAUACUGCACCCACACCACAAACUGAGGCUUCACAACCCCAACCCAGCACAAGAAAUGAAACCAUAAUUCCUAAUGAAAACCCAUAUCCUAACAUACCAUGGAUCAAUGCCAUAGGUCCUCAAGCAACACCUGCAGACGUGAACCAGUAUGCCAUGCAACUGGCAUGGAUGCAGCAAGCUUAUUAUCAAUAUAUGACACAGUAUAUGCAACUAGCGGCCAACUCCUAUGGUGCUCCCGCACCUGGCUUGCCUGCUCCAACACCACCCACAGAUGUCCCUGGCGUCAUCCCGAAUCAACCGCAAAACCCUGCAGUACCACAGCCUGAUCAACCGCCUGCACCCCCAGCUGAAGGGAUCCGGGAUCCCGAUCACCCAGAACGAGAUUGGCUAGAUGUGUUCUAUGUACUCAGCAGGGCGAUCAUACUGUUCAGUGUCGUUUAUUUCUAUUCCAGUCCUUUGAGGUUCAUAUUCGUGUUGAUUCUGGGCAUAAGCUUCUACCUGUAUCAGAUAGGCGUCUUCAGGACCAUGAACGUCAACAACAAUAACAACAAUACCCGAGAUCCGGCUGAAGUGGAGGAGGAACAGGCACCGUCUCGGUUGAUGAUUGUCUGGACUUUUUUUGCCACAUUUUUCGCUUCUUUGAUACCCGAAAUUCCGAACGCUAUCUAAAAGAUCUCGUGAAAUUUGGUCGUAUCGAAAUUUUAUUGUUACCUACGAAAAUGCAGAGCAGUGUAUAUCGGAAAGCUUUUCUAUUAAAAUCGGUUUUGAUAUAUUAUGUAGUGCAAAUUUAUGGGACUCUAGAUGACAUACUUGUUUUUCUGAAUGCGGGCAUUCAUGGCGAGUUCCAAAAAGAAAAUGUCAUAAAAUUAAUUUUCAUUCUACUUUAAGUAUAUGUCCAAGACAAACAGUGUGACGAAUUUUGAAGUGGUAAAUCAAUCCAUUUGGAUCUAAACAUUGUUUUCUCACUUUUUUUCUGAUAGAUGUUUAUACAUAUACAGUGUGAGUUUUUAGUGUUGGCUAAGUUAAAUACAAGUACAAAAAUUGGUAUGCUUCUGACUUGGAAAAUGUUUUUGUUUUUACACGGUGAUUCGUAACUACGUGGUACGUUUAUUAACUAGAAUGGAUAAUCAAAGAGUGUGAAAUAUACAGGGUGUUCCAUUUGAAAACUUUCUGAAAUGAUUCAUUAUGCGUUUUUGACUAUCAAAAAACUGAAAAAGUAAACAAAUAGGGACAAAAUGUGGGAUCAUGAAAUUUAUCUAGCGUAAAAUUCAGCUCUAGUUAACAGUUGAGAAGGUGCGAGCUGUCAAAGUUAGCUACAAUUUUUGUAAUUAACUUUUUUAGGUAACAUGCAUAAUAAUGGAAUUAUCUACUGUGCCUACACCAAAAACUCGCCCUGUCUAUCAAAAUUCCUGUCGUCAGGGUCCUUCUCGUCAGCUGUCAAGUGUUUUGCACAUAGCAUUUUCUCCAAAACGAAUUAUUAAAUAUGCACUAGAAAAUGAUUGAUUCCUCAAAGAGGAUGGACUACCUGAAAGGUCUUGUCUCUUGUUCCUAAGCUUUAGUGAACAAUGAAAUUGAUAUUGUGCAAUCAUACAUUAAAAUGAAAAAAAAAUAUUUCUCGAGUUUUUUUUUUGACGAGUUUAACUAGUGCAUAUUAUAAUGAAAGUGAAAAUAUAUAUUUUCUAUAGUGUACCUGAUAUUAAAAAUUAAUUUGCAGGAGAUUAUGACGUUUAUUAAAUAUAGCUACCGUAUUUUCUGUGUAGGAAAUCGAGUCAUUUUGCUUAUUUAUUCAAAAUACCUUAUAUCUAUAAAUAUACAAUAAAUGUGAGUGUUUGUCCAGACUGUCAGCAUUGUCUGAACCAGAAUAAGGAGAGACAUAAAAAUUUGUACACUUACUAAAAGAAACCCAAGGAAAAAGUAUGGACAUAUUAAAACAUCUGAAAAAAUACGUUUUCUAGAGAAAAAUGUUCUGGGACGGGACAAAGUUGCAACAUUUGAAUGGAUUCAUCCAUUGGUGAUCUUGAACGUGACCUUGAAGGUCAUUUGAAGGUUAAGACAGUUCUUAAAUGAGACUUGUUACACCGGAAAUACAAAGCGAGGGGAAUUGUUAAAGUUUUUAACAAUGGCCGUGACCAUGAUCUUCAUGGGUAUCUGAGGGUCCCCAAUCAGUUGGUAAAGGACAAAACAUCUUAAAAAAAUCGUUUCAUCUUUAUUUUUCUUUAAAAAUGUGAAGUAGAUUAAGGUUUGAAAAGAUUCAUCUAAUGGUGACCUUGAACGUGACCUUAAUUAUGACCUUCAAUCUCAUUUGAAGGUCAAGGCAAUUUUUUGAAACGUAAAGACCUUUUUUGACAAUGGAAAUGAAAAUAGCAAGAAACUUGACAAAGUGCGUUCAUGACCUUAACUAUGUUCAUCAAGGGCAUUCGAGGUUCAAUUGAAUUUUGAAUCGACACAUUUUUAAUUCCGCAAGUGCAGAUUGCGGAAAAUUUUAAGUAUAUCUUUGCCAAAGAAUCACCAUAACUUUCAAGAUCAUUUUAAGAUCAGAUAAAUCUUCAAGUAAACUCCUUACUUUUUUCCGAUGUUAUAAAAAAGCGAAACUUUGAAACUAAUUUAUUAUUCCAUUAAAAUAUCAGAUAAAAAAUUUUGAUUGCCAAAAGCAACUAUUGCAUUGCUGCAAAUGUUGAGUUUCUUUCUCCAUUUGUUGAAUCACCUGCAUACUUUACACUACUUCUAGGCGAGUGGAGCCGCGGGUUUAGUCUAUUUAUUUAUUAUAUUCAUUUUGAGGUAAAAAUAUUGUAUGCUAUAUGCUAUAAGCAGAUUCAUUUUUCAAAGCAACACUGAAGAUUUAUCAUUUUUAAGGAGUAUAAACUAUGCUUUGAGCAAAGCGACUGGUUUCCUACAAAACAUUGACUAUAUUUGCGACUAUGUUAUGGGGAAAAAACAAACCACUGACGUAGGUAACAUAUUUCAUGUACUACAUAUGCAAAGAAGGUGAAAAGUGCUGGCUUUUCUAAUUUUAUACACCGCUAAUUGAGGAAAUGAAUGUCAGGAAUUUCUAAUAAUAGAUAUUUUAUGUUAUUGCUUGUAUAUAUAUUUUUCAUUAGCGUAGUAAUACAAAAAAUGUGAUUUAUUAAAUAAGGUUUUACGUUAA